CCAGGAGCAGUGACCGAGCCGCCGGAGCUGGGAAGAGACGCGCCGGGGCGGCGGACUGGGCCAGGAGACCAGUGACCGAGGGACGCGCGCCGAGGGAGAGCCAGCAAGGAGCUGCGGUCCGGGCGGCGACAGUGGUGGUCAGCGCGGAGCUGUUCCAGCCGCCGGCCUACUGUAGCCGCUACACCAGGACAUUUUUAAAAAGCUCUCCAAGCUGCCCCUCUCUUGCCCGACUCCUCCCGCUGCAAAAGAAAAAAAAAAAGGAAGGAGGCUAGAAAGGAAACCCCGAUUUUCCACUACAACGAAAAGAGAGGGGCAAAAGGAAAAGGCAAGAAAGUCGAGCGACUGUGCAUUAAACCAAGGCAGCGGAGCGUGGGCCGAGCGAUGCGGGGCUGCGCGCCCAGGCGGCCGCGAGUUGUGACUGGAGCCACGAUGCACGGCCAGGCGCAGUGAGGAGCCAGCCCGCAUUGCCUCCCCGAAGGAGCCCAGGCGCAGGGAGGGCCGCCCCGAGGACACGGAGGCCGCCAGGCAGGCCACCGGCGGAGGUGACUGGGCUGGGGCGGUGGGGAGUGAGCGAGUGCGCCUGGCUGCGUCCUCCCAGAGUUUUCCCCCUGUUUUCGAUUGACACAAACACUUCUCCAAAAGGGGAGAAACCUAAGCAACAACAGCAGUCAACAACAAGAUCUUCCUUCUACCCUCCCCUCCUUCCCUCCCUCCUCGGCUGUCCCCGCCCCCUCCCCCAAGCCCGGCGCGGGCGCGGGGAGCGUCCUGACCCACUGCGCGAUGCCGGCAGUUUAGGAUCCAAAGCUUCGCUACCCUUUUUGUUCUUCCCUUUUCUUUUUUUUUUUAAGGGGGGAAAAAUCCCAGUGGUGGGCAGCCUGGCACUCACACACUCGCCCUCGUACCACGACAAAAGCAGAUGCACUUUGACUUCUGACAGCUCUACCUCAAGCCCGAGAGAACUCAGCAGCGCUUUCCCGGCAACCGGAGCUCGCCGAGUCGUCUCCUCCGUCUCCGUUUUAUUUAUUUAUUUCCAUUCCCGCUGCCGUUCUCGGUGACCUUCACUCCUACGCGGGCUCUGGGCAGAAGGGUCGCAUUUUCACCCUCUUGAGACUCCUUUUCCUCGCCCCGGGAGUUGAGGCGGUGCUGCUCCGCUCCGGAGCCCUGGGGCUCCCCGGCUGCACACUUCGCGGAGGCGCCCCUUGUCCCCCAUCAGCCUUCUUUCCCCCUUUUGAUUUCCUGGUGCAGGUUUUGGCUUACAGGGCCGAGCGUGUCUCCUCUUUUUGGAGGGGUUGGGGCUGGGGAGCUCCUGCCGGUCAUCUUCAGGAGUCAUCUUCUCGACUCAACUUUGCCCCCCUAUCUCGCCGGGCCUCACCAGACCAGACCAAACCAAAGACCAUGGUGCACUGUGCCGGCUGCAAAAGGCCCAUCCUGGACCGCUUUCUCUUGAACGUGCUGGACAGGGCCUGGCACGUCAAGUGCGUCCAGUGUUGUGAAUGUAAAUGCAACUUGACGGAGAAGUGCUUCUCCCGGGAAGGCAAACUCUACUGCAAGAACGACUUCUUCCGGUGUUUCGGUACCAAAUGCGCAGGCUGCGCGCAGGGCAUCUCUCCUAGCGACCUGGUGAGGAGAGCGCGAAGCAAAGUAUUUCACCUGAACUGCUUCACCUGCAUGAUGUGUAACAAACAACUCUCCACCGGCGAGGAGCUCUACAUCAUCGACGAGAAUAAGUUCGUCUGCAAAGAGGAUUACCUAAGUAACAGCAGUGUCGCCAAAGAGAACAGCCUCCACUCGGCCACCACGGGAAGUGACCCCAGUUUGUCUCCGGAUUCCCAAGACCCGUCACAGGACGACGCCAAGGACUCAGAGAGCGCCAACGUGUCGGACAAGGAAGGGGGCAGUAACGAGAAUGACGACCAGAACUUGGGUGCCAAGCGGCGAGGACCGCGCACCACUAUCAAAGCCAAGCAGCUGGAGACGCUGCUGAAGGCCGCCUUCGCUGCUACGCCCAAGCCCACGCGCCAUAUCCGGGAGCAGCUGGCGCAGGAGACUGGCCUCAACAUGCGAGUCAUUCAGGUCUGGUUCCAGAACAGACGCUCCAAGGAAAGGAGGAUGAAGCAGCUGAGCGCGCUGGGCGCCCGGCGCCACGCCUUCUUCCGCAGUCCGCGCCGGAUGCGGCCGCUGGUUGACCGCCUGGAGCCGGGAGAGCUCAUCCCUAACGGCCCCUUCUCCUUCUACGGAGAUUACCAGAGCGAGUACUACGGUCCCGGGGGCAAUUACGACUUCUUCCCGCAAGGACCCCCGUCCUCCCAGGCCCAGACGCCAGUGGACCUACCCUUCGUGCCAUCGUCCGGGCCGUCCGGGACGCCCCUAGGGGGCCUGGAGCACCCGCUGCCGGGCCACCACCCUUCAAGCGAGGCACAGCGGUUCACCGACAUCCUGGCGCAUCCCCCCGGGGACUCUCCCAGUCCCGAGCCCAGUCUGCCUGGGCCGCUGCACUCCAUGUCAGCUGAGGUCUUCGGGCCCAGCCCACCCUUCUCGUCACUGUCUGUCAAUGGCGGGACGAGCUACGGGAAUCACCUGUCCCAUCCCCCCGAAAUGAGCGAAGCGGCCGUGUGGUAGCGGAGUCUCACUAGGUCCGCGGAGUUCAUGGUUGUACAGAAAUGAACCUUUAUUUAAGAAAAAUAGAAAAAGAAAAAAAAAUCAAGCCCCUUCCCCCCUUACUCCAGCCUUGGGAACCAUUCUCCGUCUGGGGAGACCGGAUGGGAAAGGGGGACACAAAAUGGGAUCCAGAUUCAAAUCCGUCUCAAGGUGGGACUGGGAUCCGCACACUGGCUGGCAAGGUGCAGAACUGGGGCUCCCCAAGGGAAACGCAGCCCUCUCCCCACCUUGCACCUGGACCGGGAUCGGUGGACAGACCACGCGGGCCUAUCCGCCUGGUGUCAGCUCAAAGACGACUCUGGUAGCCGCAGGCCGCUCACAGCCCGGGGUGAUGCUUGGAGUCCUGGGUAGGGAGGCAGUGAGUGCGGCCGGAUAAGGGAGGUGAAGUGGCCUGGGGUGGUCCAGGGCUAAACGGGAGGUUUCUAGCUCUGGGACACCCCUUACUAGUGUUGUCUCAGAGCUUAGCAACUGCGAGAACAAACUUAUAGCUUCAGAAACGCCGACCUGCUGUGCCAUCAGGUGGGACUAUAUAUAUAUUUUUUGUCUAUCUGGGUUUUUGAUUUUUGGUUUUGCCAAAAUAGCAAAAUUCUAAAUGUAAAGCCCUCAGUAUCAACUCUUCUACCUUCACAAAACUGUACACACACAUAUACACACGGACACUCUGGAUAGGAUGGGUCUCCAGCCAGACCUCUCAGUAAAAAUGACUUGAACAUCAGCUGUACAAAGAAAAGUAUUCUACCUUCACACACAGAAAGUUAAAAAAAAAAAGACUAUUGAACUAAAAACAGUCAACUGUUUACGUAUAAUGUUAAAUUCAGGAGUUCAGUGUUUUACUAAUAUAUCCUGUUUUGAAACCUCUUGUUCAAAAACAAAAACGUUUUGAGCAAUCAACCAAAAUUGUUCCUUUUCUUUUCCUAUAGAUGUUCUGACAGAUUUGCAGGCUCACUGUGCUAGUAUGUAAAAAGAUGUUGUUUACAUGAGGCAAAGAGAAAACAUGAUAUUCAGACAGUUGCCAAAUAGAAUAAUUAUAGCACAAAUACUGUAAAGGUGCCUGGCACCAGCAACCUGAGAAAGUGUUAAAAAAAAAAAAAGUGUUACAAGGUUUAAAAAAAAAAAAUCUUUGCUAAUUUUUAGUCCUGUUGAACAGUCAUGGAAUUGUUAAUAUGACUUAUAUAGACCCACACAGGUUUUAUUUUUGUGUCUUUAAAAUAAAAGUCCAAAAUAUUUAAAUUUUAUGGUCAAAUAUGCAGUCAACAGCUGCUACUUUUUUCUUUAUAUAUUAAAUUUCUCAUAUGUCUUUUAUUGUUCUAAUAAACCUAAGCUUGUGUGACCUCCAGUGCAUAUUAGACCAUUCACUGUAUGAAAGAAAACAUGUUGAAUAAAUUUGUGAGUUUUUAAUAAAAAUAGAAAAAUCUGAUGUUUA